CAUUUGUCAUUAUCGCAUUCACAUACCUUUAUAAUUUUAUAUACUCUUUGCAUAUAAAUCUAAUGAUUUAUCUAAUUUUGUUGACAAUUUUAAAAAGACUGGUAUUUUAAAAUAAAAUAAAGUAUUCUUUUAAGUGUAAUAAUUUAAAUAUUACACAAUGCCGCGUAUUAUGAUAAAAGGUGGCGUUUGGCGCAACACCGAGGAUGAAAUCCUCAAAGCGGCGGUUAUGAAAUAUGGGAAAAAUCAGUGGUCCCGUAUUGCUUCUUUGCUUCAUCGGAAGUCUGCGAAACAGUGUAAAGCUCGUUGGUAUGAGUGGUUGGAUCCAAGUAUCAAGAAGACAGAAUGGUCUCGAGAGGAGGACGAGAAGUUGCUCCACCUCGCCAAGUUGAUGCCUACGCAAUGGAGAACUAUUGCUCCUAUUAUUGGUCGCACUGCUGCUCAAUGCUUAGAGCGGUAUGAAUAUCUGCUGGAUCAGGCACAGAAGAAAGAGGAGGGUGAAGAUAUGGGAGAUGACCCUCGUAAACUUAAGCCUGGCGAAAUUGAUCCCAAUCCAGAAACUAAACCAGCUAGACCUGAUCCCAAAGACAUGGACGAAGAUGAAUUGGAAAUGCUAUCAGAAGCAAGAGCUCGUUUAGCUAACACACAAGGUAAAAAAGCAAAGAGAAAGGCUCGAGAAAAACAGUUAGAGGAAGCCCGGAGGUUAGCUGCUCUUCAGAAGAGAAGAGAACUGAGUGCUGCUGGCAUUUCAGUACCAAUUAGACGUAAAAGGAAACGCGGAGUGGAUUAUAACUCUGAAAUACCUUUUGAAAAGAGACCCGCUGCUGGUUUCUAUGAUACUUCAACUGAAGUUGUAGAUCCAAUGGCACCCGAUUUUUCAAGACUCCGGCAGCAACAUCUGGACGGUGAAUUACUUUCUGAAAAAGAAGAAAGGGAGCGUCGUAAGGAUAAACAGAAAUUAAAGCAAAGAAAAGAAAAUGAUGUGCCUCAAGCAAUGUUGCAGGGAGAACAACCUGCUAAAAAGAGAAGUAAACUUGUGCUGCCAGAACCACAAGUUUCUGAUCAAGAGCUGCAGCAAGUGGUGAAGCUGGGGCGCGCGUCGGAGGCGGCGCGGGAGAGCGCGGGCGAGGCGGGCGCGCCCACCGACGCGCUGCUGGCCAGCUACGCGCUCGCGCCCGCGCCCGCCGCCGCGCUGCGCACGCCGCACGCGCCGCAGCGCGACAGAAUACUGAUGGAGGCACAAAACGUAAUGGCGCUAACACACGUAGACACGCCUCUGAAAGGCGGACUUAACACUCCACUGCACGAGUCUGACUUCUCCGGAGCGUUGCCACAGACACAAGUGGUCGCCACGCCUAACACCGUGCUCGCUACACCUUUCAGAUCGACACGUACUGAAGCUUCAACACCAGGCAGUUUUGCGACUCCUGGCCAUGGUCCACAACAAGCUGCGCUAACACCAGGACUUCGUGACAAAUUGAGUAUUAAUCCAGAAGAUCAGUUAAGCACUGGAGAUACUCCCCAACAAAAUAAUCAAGUUCAAAAGCAGCUAGUGGCUUCGGUUCGCAACGCGCUGCAAGCGCUGCCGGCGCCGCGGAACGACUACGAGAUAGUGGUGCCGGAGCUGCGCGAGGACGGCGGCGAGCCCGCCGCGCCCGCGCCGCCCGAGGACCAGGCCGAGCGCGACGCGCGCGCCGCGCAGGACGAGCGCGACCGCCAGGCGGCGGCGCUGGCGUUGCGCUCUUCAGCGGUGCAGAAGGGCGCGGUGAGGCCGGUUGAAGUCAAUGCCAGCGUGGUGCGCGGCGCGGGCCCUCUCACGACGUUACAGAGGGCCGAGGAGUUGCUCAAAGCGGAGAUGCUAGCCAUGUUGCACUAUGAUGCGCUUCAUGACCCACCGCCAGGUGUGGACAAGAAGCGUGCGGUGCAGCUACAGGCGUCGCACCUGGCGUACCUGGAAGCGCACCCGUACGAGCAGUUCUCUGCGGACGAGCUGGAGGCGGCGCGCGAGCUGCUGCGGCGCGAGGUGGACGCCGUGCGCGCCGGCAUGGCGCACGGCGACCUCGGCCUCGACGCGUACGCGCAGGUCUGGGAGGAGUGCCUCGCGCAGGUACUAUUUCUACCGGGACAAAAUAGAUAUACUCGUGCUAAUUUAGCGAGUAAGAAAGACAGGCUCGAGUCUGCGGAGAAAAGAUUAGAGCAAAAUAGAAACCACAUGGCGAAGGAGGCAAAGAAGUGCUCGAAAAUGGAAAAGAAAUUAAGAGUACUUACAGGUGGUUACCAAAGCAGAACAGCGUCUCUUAUAAAACAAUUUCAAGAGUUACAAGAUCAAAUCGAACAAGCAAACUUAGAGCUAUCAACGUUCAAGUUUUUAGCUGAACAGGAGAAGGCCGCCAUUCCACGUAGGAUAGAGUCUUUGACAGAAGAUGUUAACCGUCAAACAGAGCGAGAGAAACAGCUUCAAAAGCGUUAUGCGGAACUGCAAGCGGAAUUGGAAGAAUUACAUAAACGCAGACAGAAUAAGGACGUUGAACUAAAACCAGUAGAAACAAACACCUAGACAGUAGAAUAAGUAGUUGGUAUUGAACCAUGUGUGGACUGUAUGUAUUGCAGUUGUUUGUAGAGACUCGUUCAAACUUUAUGGUCGGUCUUAUCUAAUUGUUUAAAAACUAAUAUAAUUUGAUGUCAUUGAAACCAAUAUAAUAUUAUUGCAAAUAUCUACAUCCAUAUCAUAAAUGUCAUAUCCGGAAAGUUACCGACCUCAAUGAGGUAGUGUACCUACACUGUUUGUAAGGUAUUUUUCGUUACAUUUAGAUCGGCCGUAAACUUUAAGUGGAACUCUACCUGCAGGCUCACAUGUUCAGUGUAAUAUAAGAACGUGUAUUAAACUUUGGUAGACUAUUUCAUUACUGGAGUGUUCAGUCUGUACGGAGGUAGAUCGUAAUUAAGGGGCUAGUAACCAAAAUGGCGUCACUGCAAACUUUUUUAAUAAACAUUAUGAAAUUAUAAUUUUUCAAAAUCUUUUUAUUAAUCCCAUCAGAUUUUUUUUAUAUAGUAUUUAAAAGUAACGUUCAUUUAUCCAAACAAGUUUAAAUAAAAAUAGUAAUUAUCGUUUGCCUCUAUUGUAAAUUAGACGUUCUACAGUUAUUAUUUUUUGGUCGCCAGCGUCUUAAAAUAUAGAGGAAUUUUUCGCAUUAUAGAAAUAAUAAUUAUUAUUCUAAAAUAAGGUAAAUAAAACAUGUUUGAAAAAAAAA